CCCGGAAGCGGUUGGGGCGGCCGCGGGGGCGGGGGGAGCGGCUGGAGGCGCGCGCGGCCCCGAGUGACGGAGCAGGCGCGGCCCCGGCCGCCCCGCAGCCCGCAAUGCCCUCGCGCUGCCCGCCACGCCGCGGGGCAUGGUGAGCACGGGGCGGCCGCGCCCCGCGGGGACACGGCAGCCGGCCUCGCCGCUCCGCCUCCUCCUCUUCCUCCUGCUGCUCCCGAGGGGCACUGGGGCGCAGAAAGGUGAUGGAUGUGGACACACUGUUCUGGGCCCUGAAAGUGGAACUCUUGCUUCGAUAAACUACCCACAAACCUCUCCCAAUAGCACAGUCUGUGAAUGGGAAAUUCGAGUAAAGCCUGGGCAGCGAGUUCAGCUCAAAUUUGGUGAUUUUGAUAUUGAUGACUCAGAUUCCUGUCAUUCCAGUUACUUAAGAGUUCACAAUGGGAUUGGCCCCACCAGGACAGAGAUAGGGAAAUACUGUGGCUUGGGCUUUCAAAUGGAUGGUUUAAUUACUUCAAAAAGUAAUGAAGUCACAGUACAGUUUAUGAGUGGAAUACACACUUCUGGACGUGGAUUUCUUGCAGCUUAUUCAACCACUGACAAAUCAGACCUAAUUACCUGUUUAGACAAUGCAAGUCACUUUACCGAACCAGAAUUCAAUAAGUAUUGUCCUGCUGGAUGUGUGAUUCCUUUUGCUGAUGUUUCAGGCACUAUUCCCCAUGGAUACAGAGAUUCAUCAUCGCUUUGUAUGGCUGGUGUUCACGCAGGAGUUGUGUCAAAUACUCUGGGUGGCCAAAUUAAUGUUGUAAUCAGCAAGGGCAUCACGCACUAUGAAGGCUCUCUGGCUAACAAUGUCACCUCAAAAGUGGGACCAUUAUCUACAAGUCUCUUCACAUUUAAGACAAGCGGUUGCUAUGGGACAUUGGGGAUGGAAUCUGGGGCAAUUCCUGAUUCCCAGAUUACAGCAUCAUCUGUUCUGGAGAGGUCUAACGAAACAGGACAGGUGAAUGUUUGGAAACCUGAAAAUGCCAGAUUGAAAAGGGUUAGUCCUCCUUGGGCUGCAUCUAUUAGUGAUGAGCAUCAGUGGCUGCAGAUAGAUUUGAAUAAAGAAAAGAGAAUUACAGGUAUUAUAACUACUGGAUCAAACUUAGCAGAGUACGACUACUAUGUCUCAGCCUACAGAAUUUUAUACAGUGAUGAUGCACAGAAGUGGACAGUGUACAGAGAACCUGGCAUGGAUAGAGAUAAGAUAUUUCAAGGCAACACUGAAUCAUACAAGGAAGUUCGCAAUAAUUUCAUUCCACCUAUUAUUGCACGUUUUAUUAGGAUUAACCCCUUAAAAUGGCACCAGAAAAUUGCGAUGAAAGUAGAAUUGCUAGGAUGUCAGUUUAGUAUCGGCCGUUCUCCUAAAAUCACCAUGCGGCCGCCACCACCUCAGAACAAGAAUGAUGCUAAGAAUGAUGACUUCAUUGAAGAUUUUGUUCAUUCAGUGAAGACUUCGUUGCAGACAGAUAAAACAACUUUCACACCUGAAAUCAAAAACACAACAGUGACUCCAAGUGUAACCAAAGAUGUGGCAUUGGCAGCAGUUCUGGUUCCAGUGCUGGUGAUGGUCUUCACGACUCUGAUUCUUAUCUUAGUUUGUGCGUGGCAUUGGAGAAACCGCAAGAAAAAAAUGGAGGGAACUUACGACCUGCCUUACUGGGAUCGUGCAGGAUGGUGGAAAGGAAUGAAGCAGUUUCUCCCGACCAAAUCAGCAGAGCAUGAAGAAACUCCUGUACGCUACAGCAGCAGUGAAAUUAGUCACCUAAGGCCAAGAGAAGUCCCAACAAUGCUGCAAACAGAGUCUGCAGAAUAUGCUCAGCCACUGGUAGGGGGAAUUGUCGGCACGCUCCAUCAGAGAUCAACGUUUAAACCAGAGGAAGGAAAAGAAGCAAGUUACGCUGAUUUGGACCCUUACAAUUCACCCAUGCAAGAAGUUUACCAUGCUUACGCUGAACCACUACCUAUAACUGGACCAGAAUAUGCAACUCCAAUAAUCAUGGACAUGUCCAGCCAUCCCAGCACACCUCUUGGCGUUCCUUCCAUUUCCACCUUCAAAGCUGCAGGGAAUCAAGCUCCUCCACUGGUUGGAACGUACAAUAAACUCUUGUCUAGGACAGACAGCACAUCAUCAGCACGGGCACUGUACGAUACACCAAAGGGGCAACCAGGGCCAGGUGCCACUGAGGAAUUGGUGUACCAGGUACCACAGAGUGUGGCCCAUUCCACUGGCAGUAAGGAUGAACUAAGUUAGCUCACGAGUGAGACAGAAUGAUGGCUUAUUUUUAAAAGCCAGUUCCAUAGAGCUGACUGUUUCAUUUUUUAACUGCAUUGUUUUGAUACUGUUAGUCUUAAAUAAUACAAUGUUGAACCAAAAUAUUUUGUACCGGGGGUCUGGGAAACUAGUAAUUCUGCCUUUCCUUAGGCUGUGUCUGUAGGUACAGCUUGUCUCCUGCAAAACCAUGGACUUUUAUUACUACUGUACAAUUGUCUUUCAGACAUGAGAGAAGAACUUGUCAAGAUUAGCUUCAGUAAUUCAUAGAUGUGAAGGAUAAAUUGGGAGAAACAGUUUAAAGUAUAAAAAGCUAAUAACUUCUUGCUAAUGGUACUACUUCUGUGGGGAAAAAAACUCCAAAACCUAAAGCUCCUAACUUUCUAAGACCUAUUUGUAAGCACUAUAGCUUCUAAAAUUCAUUGUACCCUAUAAAAUACCUGCACAACAUUGGACUUUAAAAACUACUGUCAGGACUGAUGGCAAAAAAAAAAUUCCCAUUAACUUCAUGCUAUAAAAUAGUUUUGAAUCUAAAUUGUGUUACUUCAGCUUUUGUUCACAGGAUUAGGAAUCAUCAGCUGUAUGUUCCUCAGAAGGUUCCUAACAUUUUUGUUAGCCUUCCAAAA